AUGAUACAAGUUAGAUCCAAUAAAGAAACUUCAAUUGCUUCUAUCACUUCCACGACGACCUCUGCUGCCUCAACAUCUACUCAAGAUGGCGGUUCCUCGUCUGACAGCAUUGGCGAACUCUUCAAGGCGAAGGGCAAGCUUUACUCCAAAUCCCAAAAUGCCGCCAUCAUUAGGAAGGACUUUGGGCAACUAACCCCUGAGAAUAGCAUGAAAACGGCCAAAGCAUUCGCGGCCACACGCUCUUCUGGUACCAACAGCUACCGGACUACGCCAAGGCCAUCACAGAUAAAAAGGAGCUUACCAGCGGCAUUGAGAGCCACGUUAGCACCAUUGUCGGAAGAUACAAGGGCACAAAUCGCUCUUGGUGAUGGUGUAUUUACCCAAGUCCUAGGUAAAGACUUUGUCCGUAUCGCUUUCGAGGCGGCGCACAAGGCGGGCCCAGAUGCGAAGCUUUACAUUGACGAUUUCCAUCUCGGGAGCGGAACGUCCGCCAAGACUACCACUGGCAUGUUUGAAUACGUUGGGUUGGAGAAGUUCGCUACGACUGGCGUAAAGGAACUUACCAUUACCGAGUUGGAUAUCGUGAAUGCGCCGGUCGAUGAGUAUGUUAAGGUCGCCAAUGCUUGCCUUGCUGUCGAAAAAUGUGUUGGAAUCACUAUAUGGGGUGUGAGCGAUGCUGAUUCGUGGCAAGCAAAGAGUUCCCCUCUUUUUUGA